AUGGAUCAACAAAUAGAAAAAGAAGUUCAAUCUUUAAUCAACACACUUGGUUUUUUGGAGAAUGGUGUAUAUUAUCAAGAACCUGAUUGCUUUCAGAAUGUUCGGGAUUUAAUAAGACAUUUGAGACGAGAUGACAGAUAUUUUAGUGUUAGAAGAUUAUGUAACAGUCACAAUAUUGUAAAAAGUGAUUUGGUUCCGAUAAUGAAGUCUGUGGAUACAAGUGAUGAAUUGUUUGAUGCUUCGCUUAGGCUUGCUGUCAACCUCUGUCAACCAACCCUUACUAUUUUUGAAAACAAAAUACCUGAAGAUGCUUCUGAAUGGAAAAUAUAUUAUGAAAUUGAGAAUUAUUUAAAUCGAACACUUGUAGCAUUUACAGAUCCAGAAAUAUUUGUUCAAUUUGCUAUAAAAAUGAAUAAAUAUUUUGAUAAGGACUGGGAGGAACGACAAGAAAAGGAACGGUUGCUUGUUGAACGAAUUUUGGUGUUGUUGAGGUGUGUAUUUUCUAUUGGCGUUGAAGGUAUUGCUACAAAUGAUCCUUCGUCCUCAGAUAAUUCAAUAAAGUCAAGAAUAAUUGCUGGAUUUUUUACUUCUGGAAUUGAAAAAAUAUUUUCAAAACUUGCUGGUGAUUCAUUGGAAAACGAAUUUUCUCCUUAUAUUCUUGCUAUUUUGGCUUUAAUUUUUAAAAAUUUGGACCCAAAAGCAAUUGCUUAUGAAGGGGAAGCCGAUUUACAACUAAAAAGCAAAGAAGAAUUUGAGAAGGAACAGUCUAAUGCUAUACAAGCAAUAAAAUUAGAGGAGGAAAAACAGAGAAAAGCCAAUCGGCGAAGUUUUUUAUCUGGAUCAGUUGUCGUCAAAGGAAUGAAUGCAUUGAAUACAAAAAGAGAUUUUGUUAUGACUAGUUCACUUUUAACUCAAAAUAAUCUACCUCCAAUCGCUGUGCUUUCAAGACGUAAAAAGCCUUAUGUGCCGCCAAAAAAUCGUCGAAUUGACGAUUCUCAUACUUCAGAAAAUUUUACCCAAGGCUUACAAGAACUUAGUCCUUCUUUGAUGAUCUCUAUAAAGAAAUUUUGUUUAAAUUUACUUCUAGAAGGGAAAUAUAAUCGUUUAAUCAAAGCAAACAGAGAUUUGGCAUUUUCUGGCCGUAAAACUUCACUUAAAGCAACAGAUUUUCAUUAUUUUACCUUUGCCACCUUUAUGCUUGCCUUUUCUAGAUUUUCUCGAAUUUCUUGCCAACUUUUUAAUUCAACUUUUUCAAUUGAAUUUUUCCAUCAAAUAACUUCUUUUUUGACAGAAAGUUUUGAAAUAAUGAAAACAGAUAGGGACAAUAUACGGAAAUAUGCACUUUCUUCUCAAUAUGCAGUUAGUGUUUAUAGAGAAAUUGUGGCAAUGUUAAGUUCCUACAACCCGAUUUUGCCAGAAGAAAAAGAAUUAUGUAGCAAUUUCUGUCGACAACUUUUUCAAAUUGAAGAAUAUCGUGAAUUAGCUGCUGGAAUUCUUGGACAUCUUUCCCCUGGUGGGGCAACAAGAAAAAUGCUUGAAGAUUUAAUUAUUGCCAAUCAUUACUUUCUUCAUUUAUUGGAAAAGAAUAUAAAGGAGGGGACACUUAUUCGAAUACAAAAAAGGAAACGACAACGGAAACAAAGAAAAGAGCUCAAAAAGAAGGAUAAGGAGGAAAAAAAAUCGAUCGAAAAAGCUGUCAAAAUGAAAGGAAUUGCAAAUAUGUGGAUGGAAAUAGCUGAAGAACUUUCUGAUACUCUUAUAGGGGAAAUUAACCCAAAUUUAGAUGUUAGCCCAAUUAAUAUGCUGCUUAAAGUGGAUGAUGAACAAUUCAAAGAAUUUGCACUUUUACAAAUUCAAGUUGCUUUACGUACUGGACGUAUUCAGGAUGCUGUUGGAAUGUUUAGAAAUUCGAGAAUUUUGUGGCCGGAAACGGGAACUUUUGGGAACGAUUUUGAUUCAAUUGAAGAAGAAAUGUUGUUAUUACAUUUAAUAUUUCAUGAAGAUAUGCAAGGAAAGGCAGAAAUUUAUGAAGAAGAAAUUAAAAAGGCUUAUGGAAGAGAAGAUGAAGAAGAAAAUUUGUUGGAGGAGGAAAAGGGAAUAAAUGAAUUUGAUAUGAGUUUGAGUGAUGAAGAAAGUGAAGAAACAAGAAAAGUGUUGGAAGAGACGGAAUUGGAUUUUCCACAAUUUGUUUUGUCAAUGGCUAAACCAACGGUGAUAAAUUGGUACAUUUUUUGUUUGAAAAAAUUUGGUACAAAUCCAAAAGAAGUCAACAUGGCAAUUCUUAAAUUUUUCCACAGAAUUGCUUUUGAUUUAAAAUCCCCAGCAUAUUUAUAUUCUGCAACAUUAUUCAAUAUCCUAAAAGAAAUUGAUAUAAAUGUCAAAAAUUCAACAGAAAAAGAAAAUAGAAGUCAACACCCACAUUUUAAAGUAUGGGAAUUUGGUUAUUAUUUACUUAAAAAUUUCUUUGCUCAAUCUGAAAAAAUUGAAGGAGGUAUUGGAAUUUUAGCUUGUGAAUUACUUUUUCCAAAAAAUGCAAAAGAGGCAUAUGAAAUUGAAUGUGGAUAUAAAGAAAAUUUGUGA